CAUUGGAACCAAAAUGAUUUUUCUUUUAAAAGAAACGGUGAUCAAAAAGCUAAAGCUAAAGAUGAAUAGACUUUGUUUGACCAAUCAUUUCCUUUACUGAUGACACAAAAUCGCUAAUCAGGAGCAAGCCCACGAAAAAUAAAGACAGAAAAAAAGCAGGAAAACCCUUUAAAUCUCCGAUCAGUCAUAGAUCGUUCAGUACAAACUGGAGUUGAAAAUGAAGGCACCUCCAAACUUUCAUCUUUCUUAUUUCCCUCUCUCUCUUCGCUCUCUCUCCCUCUCUUACUCCACCUGUUUAUCUUUUAACCACUUUUGGAAUUUUUAUAGAUAAAGAAAAAUGGCCGUUACAGAAAUGACACCUAGACCCGAAUCACGCACUCGCGGUUCUUCGUUUACACAGUCAAAGCCUAAAGUGCUAAGACCAUUCGAUACAACAGAAGUUAAGAUCCUGUUAUUGGAAAAUGUAAAUUUAACUGCUGUCGAAGCUUUCAAAAAACAGGGUUAUCAGGUGGAAACUUAUGCGAAGGCGUUAGUUGGCGAUGAAUUAAUAGAAAAGAUUAAAGACGUUCAUAUCAUUGGCAUUCGCUCCAAGACAAAACUCACAAAGGCUGUUCUUGACGAAGCUAAGAAUCUUAUGGCUAUUGGAUGCUUCUGCAUUGGUACAAAUCAAGUGGAUUUGAAAGCUGCAGCAGAGAAAGGUAUAUCUGUAUUCAAUUCUCCUUUCAGUAACUCAAGAUCAGUAGCAGAAUUAGUUAUCGGCGAAUUGAUUGCGCUUGCUCGUCAAUUAGGCGACCGCAAUACAGAAAUGCACCAGGGUAUUUGGAAUAAGGUUUCAAAAGGUUGUUAUGAAAUCAGAGGCAAGGUAUUAGGUAUUGUAGGUUACGGACAUAUCGGCUCUCAACUGUCCGUGUUAGCUGAAGCCAUGGGCAUGACUGUCUACUUUUAUGAUAUUCUGCAAAUUAUGCCCAUUGGUCAAGCCAAGCCUGUCGAAUCACUUGAAGAACUCCUCUCUAUCUCUGACUUUGUUACUCUGCAUGUGCCCGAGACGGAAGACACGAAGGGUUUGAUUGGUGAACGCGAAAUCAUGCAUUACAUGAAGAAAGGCUCUUUCUUGAUCAACAACGCUCGUGGUAGCGUUGUUCAAAUUCCUGCUCUCGUCAAUGCAUUAAAGUCAGGUCAUCUUGCUGGUGCAGCUGUCGAUGUAUAUCCCAAAGAACCUGCCAGCAACGGUCCUCAUUUUACAGAUUUCCCUGACCUUUUAAAAUUGAAAAACUUGAUCAUGACUCCUCAUAUUGGUGGCUCUACUGAAGAAGCACAAAGAAUGAUCGGUAUGGAAGUAUCCACCGCCUUGACGAAAUAUAUUAAUGAAGGCUGUUCUCUUGGUGCUGUUAACUUUCCUGAAAUUGAUUUGCGUGCUAUUUCACAAGAAGAGAAGAAUACUGUUCGUGUGCUUCAUAUCCAUCGCAAUAUACCCGGUGUACUUAGAACGAUCAAUGAGAUCUUUGCAGAACAUAAUGUUGAAAAGCAAUAUUCUGACUCCAAGGGCGAAAUCGCUUAUGUCAUGGCGGAUAUUUCUAAUGUUUCCCAAGAACAUUUGGAGACAUUGUAUAAUGCCAUUGUUGCCACACCCGCCAACAUCAGAACUCGCGUUCUUUAUUAAAAGUACAUCCAUGCAAUAUGCAUUUUCAUACAUUUUAUAAUGGGAAAUUUACCAAUAAAUGGCUUUCAUUGCAUCUCAAGUAUUGCUCUUCUCAUUGCGAAUAACAGCUAAUAUUCUGAUGAAUUGUGAGUCAUUAAGAGCCUUUUUUUUUCUUUUUUUUUCUUAAUUAUGUCGCCGACUAUAUAUUGUGCCUUGAUGAGAUCUUUUUUUUUUUUUUUUUU